CAUUAGCUGUUGCGAUAGCAGCAGCUACUCUUCCUGGGGUCCACAAAAUCACCAUCUGUUCUCUAUCCAUUAUCCUUCCAUUAUAUUCUCUAUCACAUUUUCUGUCAUCCAUUGAGCCAUCUAAAGCUCUGCCUGUGUAGUGUGGCUGUGCGUCGGUAUGCUUGUGUUGUCUCUCAAUGCUUAAUUGAUUAACAAAAGUAAAUUAAUCACAUUGAAAGCGACCAGUCACAGAUUCAAACCGAAGACAGCCACAUAAGGUGGAAUGAACUCCAUUAAUUAUUUCAAGGCCCUUCAAGGAGCAGGACAGGAGACAACUGUAUCAACUGAUUAUGCAGCUGUAUAAAACGAUUAUUCCAGUCAGUCAUAAUUAUUAUGAAAACGGACAACUUGUCGUCUGGAUGUCCUGAAAAGGUCAAACUAAUUAUUCUGAGGAGACAGGUGGCAUAUUACAGAGCUAAAUCUGCUAUUUCAACAUCCAGACACUUUGCUUUAUUUGAGACCAUUGUUUGAAAAUGUUCUGAAAUUACCUGUCAAUCACACUCGAGCAAGUUCACACCAAUGUCUCCUGCUCUGUCUGUCUGCUGCAGUGUGUGAUGUUAGCGGUCUGUUUCACAGAGCCUACCCUCUCUACACUGUGUUUGCAUGGUGCUCAUAUCCUCUGUCACGUCCUGACCUUAGUUCCUUUUUUAUGCCUCUAUUUUGGUUUGGUCAGGGCGUGAGUUGGGGUGGGCAUUCUAUGUUUUCAUUCUAUGUUUUGUUCUGUGUGUUGUAUUUCUAUGUGUUUGGCCUGGUAUGGUUCCCAAUCAGAGGCAGCUGUCAAUCGUUGUCUCUGAUUGAGAACCAUACUUAGGUAGCCUGUUCCCACCUGUGUUUGUGGGUAGUUGCUUUCUGUUUUGUGUUUUUCACCUUACAGGACUGUUUCGUGUCGUUCACUCUCUUUGUUUUUUGUCAUUCAGUGUUCAGUUUAUUUAAUUAAAUUUACUAUGAACACUUACCACGCUGCGUGUUGGUCCGAUGAUUCCUGAUCAUCAGACAGAGGAGAGCUGUUACAUCCUCAGUGUUCAGCCAUGGAGCACAUGUGGCUUAACUCGGUGAAUCAGUGUGUGGUAUCUGUGUCAGUGAUCGUGGUGAGUGUGAGGAUGUCUAUGGGUGGUGGUGGGAUGGAGGAGGAUGGAGGAGGCCAGGGUGGAGGUGGUCAUACCCAGAGCGGAAGUGUUUCUGCCUGCCUGAAGUUGUGUCUGGGCUGGGUGGGGGCAGUGGGGGGUGCGGUGGGGGUUCCUGUCUCUGUGCUGCUGAACCUGAGGAGUCCCCAGUGCCUGUACACCUGCAUCACCCUGGUGUGCUGUUCUCUGCUGGUCAGGCAGUUCACUGUCUGCCUGCUGCUGCUCAUGACCCUCAACUCCCACCUAAAGCACCGCAUGGGGAGCAGGUACAAUUCACUGGUGACACGUCGGCGGUCCCUGUUUCUGGUCAUGCUGUGCUGGGGGGCCUCUGUUCUCUCCGCAUUUGCCCAGUUCAUCGCCUGGAACGUCCUGGACACCUGGGGAGGGGAAGAGGGAUGGCUGGAUGGGCUGCGGCUGGACGGGCAUCCCCCCAGGCAACUGGACCUCCCCUCCUCCCCGUCCGAUGCCUCCCAAGUACAACCAAGACCGCUCUGUGAUCGGGAAGUACCUCCCUUACGGCGGCUUCCUGUCCAAGUUCUACGUGGAGGAUCUCCAUAACUUCUCCUAUGCAGAGAUCCAUGGGAGCCACUGGGGGGGGUGUGCCCCCGACACUGUCCUCAGCCCCCAGUUCCUGGUCCAUGUCUAUGGGGUGACUGUCUUCCUGCUCCCCCUAAUGGCCUGCUGGCCAUUUACCUAGCUCUGGUCUGUGUGAUGCCCGGACAGGACCCUAAUGGUCCGGGCUCUGUCCCCCCAAAACGCAGCUCUGCCCGUGCCCACUCUCUGGGCCUCUCCCUCUGCCUUCUUGUCCUCCUGUGUCUGCCCCUUCACAUCACCCACUCCCUCCUGCUUUUCUCCCCAGGCACACUGCCCCCGACCUGGGAAUUCCCGCUGGUCUCGCUCCUGUCGCAGCUCUAUGGUCUGGUGCCUCCUCUCCUCUUCACCAUUCCCAUACAACGGGCGGGUGCCAAGCACGCUGCGUCUGCCCCACCUGACCCCAACAGGGGGUAAGACAGUGGGCAGAGCUCUGUGUUCAGCUGUGCAGGGGGCAUCCUGCUCACUCAAAGGGAGGCUGUGCCCAGAUGUGUGUGUGUGUAACAUGGAACGGGAAGGUGUGUGUGUUAACCCGUUGUUACAACACCAGCAUUCUCAUCUCAUAUGUUCUAAUUCAAUCUCUUAGGCUCUGUUUACACACAUGUCUAAUAUGGUAAUACAUCGAAAUUGCUUAACAUCCAAUUUCCCUGGAGGUUUGUCCACAAACAUAAGUUCCAAUCAUUGUGUGUAAACAGCGCCAUGUAUCAUUGUGUGAUUCACAAGGAGCUUCUUUGGGUAUGUUUCCCCAUAUAUAUUCAUCAACCUGUCAGUAGCACAUACUAGACGUUAAUUAGUUUUUCACACACUGUGCUGUUUAAUUAUUGAGUCCCAUAUCAAAUAAGGUCACUAACCAGGCUUACAUCCAACCUUUUUAUGCUGUGUAAAGUACAUUUCAGAUAAAAAAGGUCAAGACAGGCCUGAUGGAAACAUCUAAUUUGUCAGUAGACGUUCCAAAUGUCAGCCAAACAAAAUACGCUAGACAAGCUGGGAUCUUUUUGUGUCUGUAAAAUUAAUUAUGUGAGAAAUAGCAGAGGAAAUGCCUUUGCGCGCAAAUAUUUAUAUAAUAACCAGCAUACUGAAGUAAACUUGGAGUCACAAGAUGACAUGGUGUGUGGUCCUUCCACUACGACUCGGGAAACCCUGUAGUUUAUUGGGCUACAGAUUUAAUUCAUUAUGAUGAAAUUCACAGGGUGGUAAAAAUGCAAGGAGAUGAACUUGAUGCUCAUUUACAAUAUAUUUUGAGGUUCUCAUUCUGCCAUUUGACAAAUUAAAAUAAUCUUGCUCUUUUAUCCAUAAUAAUCUCAUCAACCACACUGUAUCGGCGAGCUGUUGUCUACGGCGCAAAUGCCAAGACCAGAGUGAGCAUAUUUACUAUAUAAAGCAAACAUUUUUGUGACUAAACCCUCAGUAGAGUUGAAAAUGCGAUUAAAACCAAUUUAAAUUCAAUGUUUUAUUCAGUACUUGGGAAUUGAACUGCAAAAGUGUUGUAUGUGUACUACAUCAUCAUGCACAGUCUUUUAUCAGCAUCAAGUUCAUUUGUUGGAAACACAUUGCGCAUAUUGUUUUAAUGCGGAUUUGAGAAUAUUCACACGAAAAUCUGUCGCCAAUGGGAUGGAAACCUAGCUUCCGAGAGAGAAAAUAUCACGCAACAGACUUUUCAUCUCACACUGAUCCAGAACUAAGCCUGGGACUAGAUCAGGAUAUGUCUGCAUUGUAACAUGCCUUCUGCUGCUGCGGAUGCUAUAGAUCUGGCUUUGAUCAUGUUUAAUUAAACACACAGUAAUAACAGCAUGGUUGGUCCGGCGACGCCCUCAUAAUUAUAGCAGAGAAAUGCUCUUCAUGGUUGUUUUGUUUUACUGAGUAAAUCUAACACUCUCCUUAAAUAAAAGGCCUUG